AUGGCAGUCUGCGCCAAGUGCGAAGACCCCCUCGUCCUCGUCGUCGACUACGACGUCGAGGACGACGAGCCGCCAGAGACUGAGGAAGUCCCGGAUGACCUAGAACUUCCCUGCGGCUGCCACUUCCACUGUUCUCUCCCCCCCCCCCCCCCCCCCCUCUCCAGGCAAUGCCUCAUAGACGACGCAGCGCAAGUCGCCCUCUCCCUCAAGUGCCCCAAGUGCCAGUCCUACCUCCCGGCCAACCAGGCCGGCCCCUCCGCCACAAACCCCAUCUUCGGCCCCAGCACCACCGCCGCCGGCGCCAGCGCCAUCCGCACCCGCUACUCCUCCGAGGGCGGCGUCGACGACGACUACGACAUCCUCCCCGUCCUCACCGAGGAGGCCUACCUCGCCUCCCACCCCGAGGCCCGCCCCGCCCGCGCCCUGCUCACCAUGUGCGCCCAGGGCGACGUCAUGGGCAUCGUCGGCCUCCUGCAGGACAUGGACGGCGAGGACGAAGACGGCGACGGCGACGACGAGGCCCGCAGUCCUCCGCUGCCCGUCAACAAGCUCCUGCGGUACCAGGACCCGCUCGGCGGCAUGCGCAGUGGGCUGCACGUCGCCGUCGAGAACAACCAGGAGGAGGCCUUCUUCAUGCUGCUGUUCCUGGCGUCGAGGCUGGCGACGAGCGACUUCCCCGCCGCCGUGGUCGAAUCGGCGCAGCAGGUCGGCCUGGGGCGGCCCGAGCAAGGAUCGGACCCGGACAUCAGGACCCUGGCGGACGACAAGGGCGACGGGCCCGAGGCGUAUGCUCGCAAGGCGGGCGGUAAGUGGGCUCAGUGGGCGGAGGCGGGUGUGUUCACGCAGGGCCUGUGA